GGCAGGCCGGAGGGGACUAGCGAGGAACCUGCCUUGCAGCCAACUCCGCAGCCGUCUCGUCUGCAGCAGCGCAACCUGUGUGGGGAAAAGCGUCCAGGGAAUGUGACAGCCCUUCCGGCCAUGCUGCAGCCUGCCCAGCCUGAGACUGCAGCCAGCAUAUUGGGCUCGCUGGAAAAUACUGAGAACUAUGAUUGCAAAAGAGUUGAUGGAAAGUAAUAUUGCAUCUUUUCACCUGAGAAGAGAGCCUGACAAUUUAAAGCCAAGUUUGAACCCUGAGUUUAAAGUAGAUACAGUAGAAUGUAUAGGUACUACAGAACAAGAUGUAUUUGCAUAAACUUUUGACUGUGUUUCUGCACUUGGAUUUUAUUCAGCUGGCAGUUUCUCACUGUAUGGUACAUCAGAUUCCAGCAUCAAGCUUUAUGUUCCCUUGCAUGUCACCAAAUGAGACUUCUGGGGUUGUGGAGAGCAGUCCUGGGUCACCUGGAGAGCAUGGAACUGCUGAAACCAAUUCUCUGGUGCAGGUGGCUGAAGAGAGUUUUCUCUGUUGCCUAUGGAAUGAAACACACUCAGAUUGUUCUUUGUACACAGCAGGCAUUGAAACAAAGACAUUUAUUUCCUCAGAAGUAAAUAUCUUAGCACCUCAGCAAACAAAUUUAAGCUGGGACAUUCAAUGUUGGACUAACGGAAACCUGGAACUGUUAGUUUGUGUCCUGAAAUUGUCUAACAAGAAGUCAUAUUUGAAUGGAGAAUUCAAGAUUAAUCUUUUGUAUGUUCUAUCAGAGUUGCCAUUGGAAGACAUGUCUACAGGUUCUCUAAAAGACAAUUUUAUGAUUACUCAAUGCGACUGUACUGGGUAUGACAAAUAUGAAUGUCGCAUACCUUCACUAAAACUCAACUACACUUAUAUUAUGUGGUUAAACAUCAUACAUGGUGCAACAUUUCUUCAGUCACCUUUAAUGUCAGUCAAACCCAUAAAUAUUGUAAAGCCUGAAUCUCCAAUGAACCUGCGAAUAGAAAUGGCAGACAAAGGACAGUUAAAGAUCUGCUGGUCCAAUCCAGUACUAACACCAUAUCCACUUAAGUAUGAAGUGAAGUUUUCUGAGAAUGCUACUCAAAAUGCCUGGCAAGUGGAUGAGAUUGUAAUAGAAACCUCCCUCAUCAUAGGCAGUAUGCUGGUUGAUUCUUCAUAUUUAGUUCAAGUACGGUGCAUGAGUCUUCACGGUCCAGGAUUCUGGAGUGAUUGGAGUGCACCUUAUAAUUUAAAUGCAGAAGAUGUCAUGUAUUUUCCUGCCAAGAUACUGACGAGUGUGGGUUCUAAUGUUUCCUUCUAUUGCAUUUAUAAUGACAAAAACAAAAUGAUUUUGUCCAAGAAGAUUGUUUGGUGGCUGAAUUUAGCAGAGGAGAUCCCAGAGAGUCAGUAUACACUUGUGAAUGCUCGUGUUAGCAAAGUUACUCUUUUCAACUUGAAUGCAACAAAACCUAGAGGAAAAUUCUCCUUCAAUGCAUUGUACUGUUGUAGUCAAAACAGAGAAUGUCAUCAUCGAUAUGCUGAAUUAUAUGUAGUAGAUGUCAAUAUCAAUAUCACAUGUGAAACUGAUGGGUACUUAACUAAAAUGACUUGCAGAUGGUCCACCAACACACAUUCAUUGCUUGUGGGGAGUUCCUUACAGUUAAAAUACUACAGGAGUAAUAUCUAUUGUUCUGACUUUCCAAGUAUUCCUCCAAAGUCAGAGGCAAAAGAAUGCCAUUUACAGAGGAAUCAUUAUUAUGAGUGUACAUUUCAGCCUAUUUUUCUUUUAUCUGGAUAUACCAUGUGGAUAGAAGUAAAGCAUCAACUAGGAACACUUGAAUCCCCACCAACCUGUGUCAUUCCAGCAGAUGUGGUGAAGCCAUUUCCUCCCUCUAAUGUUGAGGCAGAAAUCACUGAGAAUACUGGACUGCUGAAUGUGAGCUGGACAAAUCCAGCACUUCCAAACAGCGACCUCAAGGUUCAGAUUCGGUACUCUGUGAACAGGGAAGAAAUAUUAUGGGAGAUCUCUGAGGUUUCAAAUGCACCAACAAGAUCAGCCAUACUAAAGGUGCCAGACCUUUGUGUUGUAUAUGUUGUUCAGGUGCGCUGCAGUGGACUAGAUGGAUUAGGUUACUGGAGUGAUUGGAGUAAACCAGCAUAUACUGUUGUAAAGGAUAUCAAAGCUCCUCUGAGAGGCCCUGAAUUUUGGAGAGUUAUUAAUGAAGAUCCCAUAAGGAAGCAGAAAAAUGUUACUUUAUUUUGGAAGCCAUUGAACAAGAAUUACUCCUUAUGCAGCAUGUGCGGAUACAUUGUAAAGCAUCAUACUUCAGAAAACAUGAGUUGGACCGAAUCUGUCAACCCUGGCACUACCUAUACAUUUCCAUGGACUGAGCAUGAACACACCAUUACAGUUCUAGCUGUGAACUCAAUCGGCCCUUCCUCAAUGAAUUUUAAUUUAACUCUGUCACAGCAAAUGAGCGCAGUGCAUAUUGUGCAGACACUCAGCGCUUAUCCAGUAAACAGCAGUUGUGUAAUUCUGACCUGGACACUUUCACCUUCAAUGUAUGUAAUAACAUCUUUUGUUAUUGAAUGGAAAAACCUCAAUGAGGAAGAACAAAUGAAAUGGAUUCGAGUUGCUCCAGAUAUUAGCAAAUACUAUAUUUAUGAUCAUUUUAUUCUUAUUGAAAAGUACCAGUUUAGCCUGUACCCAAUAUUUCCUGAAGGAGUAGGCAACCCCAAAAUAGCUGAUGGAUUCAUCAAAGGUAGGAAUGAAAACCAGAAUGAUGCCAGCCUCUAUGUGACUUUGCCAAUAGUUAUUUCAUCCUUCAUUUUCUUGCUUGGAACUUUGCUGAUCUCACACCAAAGAAUGAAGAAAUUGUUCUGGGAGGAUGUUCCAAAUCCAAAGAACUGCUCCUGGGCACAAGGAGUUAAUUUCCAAAAGCCUGAAACUUUUGAGCAUCUUUUUAUCAAGCAUCCUGAAGCAAUAUCAUUUGGGCCUUUUCUGGAACCAGAAAUAGUUUUGGAAGACAUCAAUGUUGCUAACGCAUUGAAAAGUGAAGACAAGAAAGAUUUAUUAACAGUUGAUUCAAUGUUCACAAAGACUCAAGACGCUGAGCAUGACUCGGCUUGUUCUAGCAGCCAUUUCAGUAAUAGCCUUUCUGAAAGUUCCCAUGUUGACAGAGUCAGUGAAGGAAUUACAAGACAGUCCAAUAUUAAGUAUGCUACAAUUAUUAGUCACUGCAAAUCAAGUGGGCUUUAUGAACAGCAAAAGAAUCUAAGUGGUUCAUUUAAUGGAUGCUUCCUAGGUAAAGAUUCCUUAGUUACAGAUCCUUUCUCUAGAUCUUGGGAGGUGGAGAAUUGUGCAUUUCUAAUAUUACCUGAGCAACAGCUGAGCCAACCCAGCAAAACUAUAUCUCUUUCCGUUGUUUCUUCUGAGGGUUUUUCAGAACCUUCAGACCAUGAUGAGACCUUCAGUGAUGGAGACAGUCCUGAAAGAAGCCUGUAUUACUUAGGGCUAACAUCAGUUAAGAAAAAUGAAAAUGAUAUUUUUUUAACAGAAGAUUCUAGAGUGAUGUGUCAUCUUCACACAAAUGAUUUAUUCAAAGACAUGGGGUUUCUUCAGGAUACUUCUUCUGAUUUAAAUCCCUUUAUCAAAAAUAGUCUUACAUAUGAAAGCUCAGUUAAAACCUUCAUACCGUACAUGCCACAAUUUCAGGCAACUAGAAUUAAACUGCAAGAGACAGCGGAGACCAAACUUAAGCUAUAAAAACAUAGUCCAUAUUUCUAUCUGAUUGCUGCUGUUAAUAUUUUUCUGAAGGGUCAGUAUCUCCCACUCCCUGUCCCUGCAUCUCUCCCUCAGGAAACUCUUAAUGUACUGGACUUGCAGUGUCCACAUUUUGAAGUUGGAUGCCUGUGCCUACAUUUGAGUGAUAUAUAAAUCAGCACUUUGGACCCACAGAAUUCCACAUAUUAUUGGCCUGAUUAAAACCUCAGAUCGGGGCUUUCAUUUCACUGUUUCAAGUUAACAUCUGGUAUGUAAUUGGCUAUUUGUGGUGCCUACUCUACAUGCUUCUUCAAUCGUGUCUCGUUGUGGACACUCACAUAAGAAAACUGGUUUUGAAAGCUCCUUAGACAAGGAUUCCAAAGGAGGCAUUUCAUUUAAAUGUACCUUUUGUUAGGUCAGAUCCUAGUGGAAAGCCAGUCUUGGAGCCAAGCCAUUGGCAACUUUAUAGCUGUCCUGGACAUGGCUACCAAACCUCUCCACUCCUGGGAGAGGGGAGCCCAUUGUAAGUGGGGAAUGGGCAGUUCCCCAACACCAAAGACCAGCAGACAACAGUCCCAGCAUAUGGUUCCAAAGGGCCCAUCUGGCAAUAGAACCACAACUCUCAGUAGAAGUAAGGAUGAAGGCAGAGACCAAACAUGUUUAAAAAAGCUCGGAGAUGGCAGCAUUCUCCCUUCACCAACUUCUACGUGCUGCAGCAGCAAAGGGUUCAGAAUUAUUGCUGUGCCGACGCUGGAGUACCCCAUGCUUCCCCAGCUGGAGGGGAAAGUUGAUAGUGAGCUGCCUUGUAGGGCAGCGUUUCUUAAAGUGUGUUCCUUAGCACACCGGUGUGCCGCGAGGCAGUCGGAGGGGUGCCGCAGAGAGAACAGAAAAAAUUCUGCUCCCCGCCCCGUGCAGAGCCUGUAGACAGCUCCCGCUGCAGCUGCCUCCCCU